CUUCGAGUUAGGUUUUAGCGGCAGACAAAGAGCAGAAACUCCCAAACCAUGGCGACAAAACCAGCUGCUGCAUCCGUUCAAUGCUUCGGAAGGAAGAAGACAGCAGUGGCUGUAACCCACUGCAAACGCGGAUGCGGUCUGAUCAAGCUCAACGGCUCCCCGAUCGAGCUGUUCAACCCAGAGAUCCUCCGAUUCAAGAUCUUCGAGCCGGUGUUUCUCCUCGGCAAACACCGUUUCGCAGGUGUUGACAUGAGGAUCCGAGUCAACGGCGGUGGUCACACUUCCCAGGUCUACGCCAUCCGUCAGAGCAUCGCCAAGGCUCUCGUCGCGUUCUACCAGAAGUAUGUGGAUGAGCAGUCGAAGAAGGAGGUGAAGGAUAUUCUGAUUCGUUACGAUAGGACACUGCUUGUGGCGGAUCCGAGGAGGUGCGAGCCGAAGAAGUUUGGUGGGCGUGGUGCUCGUUCUCGUUUCCAGAAGAGUUACCGUUAAACAAUUAUGGUUUUGGUUUGUUUCGAUCGUUGCAAGGUUUGUUUUUCUGUUUGGGAGUGAUGAGUAUGAUGGAGUUGUGAGACUUUUAGUUUAUAUCAUUUUCAGUUAUUUGGAUUAUGUUUGACUAUGUUUACCUCUUUGCUAUCAGAAAAGUUUUAAUAUUUAGUUCU